AUGCAGGUUGAGGUUCCAAGCUACGGCCCUGCGGAUGUGCUUCGUGUUACCUCUUCCUGUGGUUGCGAUCCCGAAACCAUUUUGCUUGGAGACGACGAGGUGCUUGUACACAACAGCUACGCGGGCGUUAAUUUUGUUGACACUUACUUCCGCUCAGGUCUUUACAAAAAGCCCAAUCUGCCGUUUGUUCCAGGCGAGGAGGGCGUGGGGACUGUUGUGAAGAAAGGGGCAAACGUGGUGUCACCUAACAUUGGUCAGCGCGUGGCGUACUUUGGCAAUGUCACUGGCUCCUACGCGACGUAUUGUGUUGUAAAGAUGGCCAAUGCGAAUUUGGUGCCGGAUGGCGUAGAAGACAAGGCAGCUGCGGCGCUUCUUUGCCAAGGAUUGACAGCGCACUACCUGACGCACGACAGCUACCCCUGUGGACCUGAAUCACGAGUCCUCGUCCACGCUGCUGCGGGUGGUACGGGACUGCUUGUGUGCCAAAUGGCAAAACUUCGUGGUGCGUUUGUUGUUGGUGUCUGUGGCGGUGAAAAGAAGGCAGAACUCGCACGCACCGUUGGCCAUGCAGAUCAUGUUGUGGAUUAUCUGGCCUCUCCAGACUGGACGUUAGAGGUGCGUAGGUUGGUGCCUGGCGGCUUUGAUGCCGUCUACGAUGGCGUGGGAAAGUCAACGUUUGAGGGAAGCCUCUCUGUGCUGCGUCCACGUGGAUUUAUGAUUUCAUUUGGUAAUGCAAGUGGUGCUGUGGACGCGGUGUCCCCGCUACGUCUUAAGGACGCUGGAAGUGUGUACUUACAGCGACCAUUCCUUGCCGAUUACAUUCGGGAUCCUGAAGAAAAGGCACGACGCUUUGCAGAUAUUUGGAACUGGUUCACUUCCAAGAAAAUUCAGGUGACGUACAGCCGAGAGUUCUCCCUCGCAGAUGCUGCGGAAGCGCACCGCUACUUGGAGAAUCGCAUGUCCACAGGCAAAGUUCUGCUUUAUUGCAACUCCAAGGCAAAUUGA